GCUGGUCAAAGGCGGAGUAAGAUCCUGAGUCAGAACAGAACAAGGAGACUGUUGUCAGGGAGUCAGAGAACCAGAGGCUAGAACCAGUGGCUAUAGAGCCAUAAUCUAUAGAACCAGAGGCUAUAGAACCAGAGGCUGUAGAACCAGAGGCUACAGAACCAGAGGCUAUAGAACCAGAGACUAUAGAACCUUAGGCUAGAACCAGAGGCUAUAGAGCCAUAUGCUAUAGAACCAAAGACUAUAGAACCACAGGCAAUAGAACCAGAGGUGAAAGAACCGGAGGCUAGCUGGGUAAUCAUGUCGUUCCAAGGGGAAAACAGCACUGCUGCAGCUUCGAGUGGAGAAAGCAGUUGCUCCUCUGAAGAUGAAGGAGAUAUUCAGUGUGAGAUUCUGGAAAAGCAGAGGGAUGAGGCCAGUCAGAAGCUGUCUGAGAUGGAGGAAGUAUCCUCUCAGCUGUUGAAGGAGAUGGAUGUUCUAGAGAUGCAGUUCCAGAUUGAACGCUCCUGCAGGGAGAGUGCAGAGGCCCUCGCUGUCAAGGUGACAAAAGAGAACAAGGUUCUGAAGAGGAGGAGCCAAGCUCUGCUGCCACUCCUCCCUAAGCUUCCUGAAUACAUGGCCACCAUGACCUUUGACCUGGAGUCUGACCAGGGGGUCGACCCCAACCCCGAUGGCGACAGCAGUGAGGAGGCUGUGCUGCAAGGACAGGCACAGAUCAGAGAGCUGCAGGCCUCAGUGGAACAGCUGCUGGGGGAGAAGAUGCAGUUGUGUGAGCAGGUCGAUUCACUGAAAAGAGAGCAGAGCCAGCUCGAAGAACAGUUGGCCCUAGAGAUUGGGGAGAAAGAGGCCAUACUGAAGAAACUGUCCAAGCAGAACAAGAACAUGAAUAAGAUGAAGAGAGUAUCCCAGCUAGUGACAGAGGAGUUCACAGAGAUCAGUCAGAAACUGGACCUGGAGCAGGGUCUCAGACAGCACGCCGAGGUCUUCGCUCACCAGGUGUUGGUGAAGCAGAAGGAGACCCAGAGACAGAGCAUGGUGCUGCAGCAGAGUUCAGAGACCAGUCUCCAGCUCCAACAUGCUCUGGAACAGGUGGCCCACAUCAGCAGUACCCUACAGGAGAUACAACGCUACUACCGAAACCAGGUGGAACCGACCGAGUGUGCUCUGGAAGAGAGCAGUGUUCUGUCUGAGCUGCAAUGUGUCAGAGGCCAACUGGAGAGCAGUGAGGAGGAGAGGAGGACCAUGGACACCCAGCUCAGGGAGGCUCAGAACACUGUCACCCAGCUUCAGGGGGAAGUGAAACAGCUUGAGGAUAGGCUGAAAGACGCAGAGAAAGACCUGGUUUCAGAGAAGGACAACUCAACCCCUGCACUACCUCCUCCUCCUCCACCACCCCUGCCCCCACCGUCCUCCAGUACUGCUGUUGAUCCCUUAGUUGUCCUUCGCAACAAGAGGAAGGAGUCAGCCAACAACAUUGAUAAGAAUAAGCCAGAUCCUACUUUGGACAUGAAGACCCGAGCGGUGGAUGCGAUGAUGGAGAGGAUAAAGAAAGGCAUUGUCCUGAGACCCACUCAGAGACCACAGGUCGGAUCAGAAGAUGACUGUGCCUGGAGGGACCAGAGGAUUGAGAAGAGAAAGUCAGCCGUGCUGGAGCUGAAAGGAAUGCUGGACACCAUAAAGCACCAAGGCCACAGGAGGGCAUGGUCACGGAAUAGGUUCAGCCGAAACGUGGGGGAGGCAGAGCUACAGAUGGUGCUACAGAGAAGGAGACGGGCCAUGGCGGAUGGACAGGACACCCUCAGCUCCGCCCCCUCCACUGUCAUAACCCCUACCAAAAUACAAGGCCCCCAGCCGGGCAGUCCAGCAGCAGGAGCACUUCCCUGGGCAGGAGAGAGUGGCAGCACCCCUGUACUCCGGAGGCUCCAGAAAAACAGAGAGAAGAGGAACUCCCAUAUCAGAGAAUCAAAACUGAUCAUCUGCCAGGAGAACAUCUGAAAGUUGGGAAAACAGAUGACUAGUUUUGGGAUACUGUACCACAGUGUUUCCCAAACCUCUCCUUGUGUACCCCCAGCUAGUCCAUAUAUUUGAUGUAUAUGUGGAACCUUUGCCUUUAAUAAUAAUAGUAACUAAAAUGUGAGUGGCUUGGGUUAAGGCUUGACCUUAAUCUUUGGGUUUUGGAGACCCAAAGGGGUGUGCAUUUCUGUUUUUGCCAUAGCAGCACACUCCUGAUUGAAAUAAUCCAAGCUUGGUGAUGAGUUUGACUUGAAACUGCUGUGCAGUGCUAGGGAAAACAAUUACAUUUGGAUCACCAAGACCAGGAUCAAGAAACACUAGGUUAAGGGUAGUAAAGCCAAUGGCAAAGACCUUUCUGUGGCAGUAAGAAUGUACAAGGAUAUUCUACUUGUGCUGGGUGUGAGAAAUAACCCAUCCAUGAAUUUCUCUCAAUUCACAUUCAAUGUUGCAACGAGAAAAGCAAAGAGUGUGAAGAAUGUGGUUCUGCAUUGAUGCUCUUAUCGUGGAAUUCUUGGUGCAUUAUUGUCCCGAUGCUCUGAAUACUUGUCUCUUUUUGUGUAGGGGUCACUUCACUCUAAUACCUGCUAUGCUUCAGCUGUGUAAAAAAAAUAAUACUUCAAAGUGGAAAUAAUACAAUAUUUUAUUCACAUCAUGCCUCAGUUGCCAUUUGUAAAUGGAAAGCACACAUGCAGUACCAGUGAAUGAAAAAUACACAUACCACCAGAAAA